GCCUGCCUAUGUAAUUUACACAACAGAAACUAUUGAUUUUGGAUUUAUAGAUCAAACUUAUGUUAAUGAAAACAAACAAAAUAUCACAAAACUAACAAAUGCAGGCCGUUAACGUCAUUCCACUGUAAACUUACCCACAAUUAGUUUCAAUACAUCCUUUUCUACUUGAAAUUGAGCUCAGUGGAAACCAGUGGAAACACCUACUUUACUUUCGCGUACUGUUGUCAUUCGUACAGUAUGGUACAGUAGUCAACGGUGGCAACAGAAAUAGCCGUUGGAUAACAAAUUAUUGCCAAUUUACAGAAGUGUCAUCAGAUAUUCAACAAACGUUACAGGAAGAUGUCGCAUAUUCAAUUCGUCGACGAACUAGUCAAAGAGUAUUUACUUUUCAGAGGAUUCACCCAAACUUUGAAAGCGUUUGACAACGACUUGAAAUCUGAGAAAGAGAAAGGCUUCAGGGUUGACAAAAUCAUCGAUCAACUGAUGCAAUAUGUGUAUAAUUAUGAUUUGACGGCGCUAAGGGAAUUGUGGGGUCACCUAGAUACAAAAAUGUUCUCUCGCUUAGAAAGUCAUUUUAUGCCUGCGAUUAAGAAGCUGGAAAAUGCUGUGUUAAAAAUGUACUUGGUUAAUGCAGCUGUAAAUAACAAACACGACCGAAUCCAAGAAUUUUUUAAUAAAAUGACACCAGAAUUACAGGGACAUUCGGAAUGGAAAGACUGGUUUGCUUUGCCGUUUGUAAAAAGUCCAGAAGAUAAUCCGACGUUCUCCGUGCAUUUCAGCCGACAGUGGCAAGACACCAUGUUAGUUUCUUUGCACAAUCUUCUCUCCGUGAUCUUCCAAUGCAUGCCACAACCGACGUUACUUGUCAUCGAUGAGGAUACAAACAAAUUGAAACGGUUACAACAGGAAAAUGAACUGCUGAAACAGGAACUUAACGACAAGACUAAAGUAGAAUCUCUGACUGAUAUUAAUCCAGGACCAGUACCACAAUAUCCUCCCCUAAUGGAUGACUUCUACAUAAUUGCUCAAGAGUCUCCGAUAUUAGAGAACCCAAAGACAUUUAAACGCCUUAUCAAGAACAUUGGUUCGUCUAGUCCAAUAUUAGGCAGAAAAUCUAUAACAGGCCCAAAGAAGCAACCAGAGCUGGAAGCAGGCAUCACAAAACGAACAAAUAUCAAAGGGAGAGCAAAUUCUCAAAAUAAGUCGGAGAUGAUGACAAAACGGAGUACAAGUUGUGACUCGAGGCUUGCUACCUCGAGGAAGAGAGACUCGUCCGUUGACACUGCUCUUGAAAGAAAAAGUAAAGACAAGUUCGAUGCCAGCUAUAUUCUCCUAAGUCAGGAAGAGUACACCGAACACAAAACUUCGAUCAUUCAGUGCAAAAGUAACGCCAGUGGCUCCUAUGUUGCAACCGGUGAUGCAGAUGGUGUCAUUAAAGUAUGGACACCUAUUCCGUCUCCAAAAACAGUUGCUACCUUUAUUUCAACAACGACUAAUUCAAACAAGGCUGUUACAGCUUUGGAUUGGAUAUCGAAGAACGAAAGAUAUUUUCUCCACGGUGAUAAUAACGGUCUUAUUCAAUUACACGACACGCGUGAUUGCAAGACAAUUUGGGAAAUUCAACACGAAGGGUCGCGCGUGGUUACUCUUUUGUGUAGUCCUACCGAGUCGACGUUUGUAUGUUCGGUGUCCAGUCCUAACGAAGGCAGGUUACUAUUAUACGACAUCAAAACAAAAAAGCUAGAGCGAACCUUGCCUUUAGAGCAAAAUUUGACGGCUUUAUGCUCUACUUUCAAUCACAAUGGGCAACUUCUUAUAACGGGCUUGUCCAAUGGGAACAUAUUGAUACAUGAUCUCAGACGUUACGAAAUUAUUGACAAUUUCAAUUGCCACUCCAGCCCUGUUAUCGAUAUCGAGCCAGUGAAUGACUUUACUAAAAUCUGUACUCAAAGCGAGGACGGGAAAUUGUGCCAAAGAAGUUUAAGCCCGUCAAAUAAAGUUGUUUGGGAGACAAAGAUCAAAAUAGAGAAGAACGCAGUGCAUGGUAAGCUCUUUACUUUCGAUCAGAGCGGUAAUCACAUGUUGAUCUGCACCCGCACCGGAGGAAAUAUUUACAAGAUGCCUCCAUUAAGUCAAGGGAAGAUUUUGGAACUGGGAGGACAUAAAGGUACCCUCUGUUGCGAUUGGUCCACUGCCAAUCAAUCGGGAACCUGUAUCACCGGUGGCGCGGAAGGAAAGGCACGAGUCUCGACAUUACUUUCACCAUGAUACAAAAGCAAAAUUAGUAUGUGCAUAAAUUCUUAAUGUACAGGAAGAGUGGAGCAGUUUCGUGAGAUUCGGGAGAUCCGGAAGAUCGGGUGGUAGGAUAAGUUCAACGUCAAUUCCACAAAUUGUACUAUUUUUCAAGGUACAUUUUAGGAAAACCCGUUUCAUUGGUUUUCUUAAUACUGAACGGAGAUCAAUCGAACUAGCAUUGACUUGUAGAUAAUGUGCAACUGUAAAAAAAAAAUGUUUGAAUCACUGUAAGGUUUAUUAUCAAAUGAUUUCGAGAUUAUACUGA